UAGCUUCCCUAUAAGGGUCAGUCACACCUGCUGCUGCUCCGUUACUUCAGAGGAGAGGGCAGGACGCUCGCUGUUGACUCAGAACCGGGAGAAGCAACAGGCAGAGAUGGCUGCAACUACUGCUCAGCCUAUGGGGAGCCUGCCCAGCGGUCUGGGGAUAUGCACCACGGCCCCGGAUAUAUUUUACCUGCCUGAACUGGUGUUUGGUGGUCUGGUGUGGAUCCUGGUGGCGUCGACCCACGUGGACCCGCCGAACCCUCUGGGCUGGGUGAUGUUUGUCUCUGUGUUCUGCUUCGUCUUGACUUUCCUCUGGAUGAUCAUCUUCGCUGCUGGAGGUCAUAAGAACAGUUCUGGCUGGGCCGCUGCUGACUUUGCUUACCACGGCCUGGCAGCGUUCUUCUACCUCAGUGCCGGGGUGGAUUUGGCUUUCAUCACCAUGACGAAGAAAGGAGGCAUAUUAAAAAUCUACCAGAUUGACAUUGCUGCUGUGGUGUUUGCCUUCGUGGCCACGCUCCUCUACUUCCUCCACGCCAUCCUCUCCUCCAUCCGAUGGAAGAACUUCUGAAGAGCGAUGCUGAAUCGCAGACUCGUGUGUCCAAGAAGUCCUGUGCAUCGUGUGUGUAUGUGUGCGUGAAAGUGGUCGGAUUCAUAAUGAAGGUUUUAGGCCCCAUUUUGGGACAUUAAAUAAUGUUUAGUGACGCACUAUAAAACAUUGAAACAUGCAGAAAAAAGUGCAUAAUGAAGCAAAUUGAGUUUUAAGUGAGGCAAAAUUAUAAAGUAGGUAAAACUACAGUUAUUUUGUUUUGUUCAGUGUAAGAAAUGUUUUUAACCACAUAUCAAUUUGAGCCACUCAUCAUUUAUCACCUAAGUCGUAUUUAUUAGACUUUUUAUAAAACCAUGGGAUAUGGUUGAAUGUUAUUACUGCAGGCUGAGUUUCCAUAGAGGUACUGGUCUGUGGGCAGAACUGACUAGCUGUUUCUCCCAUUUCCAAUCUUACAUAAAUGAAGUUUAAAACCUUUUUGUUAGCUUUAUUACACGGCAUAUUCUGACACAGUUGUCUCUUGCUGCAAUCGGAGCCGACUCUCUUCCCUUUGUCAUCUGUGAUCAGACUGACAGACGUUUGUUUCAGUUACAGAACUAAAGAGUAACUUGAAAAAUACGUCUUUGAUUUUCAGAUUUUCUUUUUUAUCAACUGCCAAUUAUUUCUUUGUCAUAUAGAUUUAAUGCCAACCAAUCGUCAGUACUUAAAGGAUGGUGAAGUGUAUUUUUUAGCUUGACGGCAGAAAUUUGUAUAGUUUGCCAUUUUUGUAUUCUUG